AUAAAUAAAGACACUUUUGUCCCAUCAGAUACCUUCCUCUCUCCAAUGGCAGAUCAAGUCUCAGUUAUCAACCCUUUCUACUGUUCUCCUCACUCUAUAACUCUACAGAUUAAUACUGAGACAGGAAUCACUUACAAUGAAAACGGUGAUCGUCUCUUUCAUAUGGAGAAUGCUUUUUGCACACUUCAUAACCGUCGUGUCUUAUUUGAUGAUAAACAAAAACCCAUAGUCACUUUAUACAGAAAGGCCGUGACGAUUCAUGAGCGAUGCAAAGUUUUCAAUGGUGAAAGCACCGAUUCAUCUAAAUUGCUGUUUUCUGUGAGAAAAACCAAUAAAUCGAUUCCACCUGGGAUUGCUAAAUUGAAUGUGUUCCUCGCAAACAAUCAAGACAAAAAAGAAAGCGACUUUAGAGUCAUCAUUUAUGGAAGUACAAAUUCUUGCACAGUUUAUGCCGGUGAAUCUCCUACCAUUGUAGCCAAUGUUGAGAAUAAUGGUGGCUUCAAAGUCUCGGUCUGUCCCAACGUGGACUACGCAUUCAUAGUAGCACUACUUAUGAUUGUUAAGGAUAUGAAAUGCUCUAAUGGGUCCACAGAUAGUACACAAGACACUAGUACUGCCAUGAAAUUGAUUAAAGCAUCGUUGAUCCUCGGAAACCAAUAAAUAAAUGUAUUGUAUGUCUGCUCUAUUAUGUUGUCUGUGACAAUUUCUAUUAUCUUUCAUUAUAUCAAAUAUAGCAAUGUUAUUGAGACCUUAUAA